AUGCAGAGCUUCGACGAGCCCGCCCCGUUCACAAUCGUCGCCUGGGAGCCGGCAUUUUUCGUCAUGUACCCAGCCGAGCUCGCCAUCGAUUUUAUGGGAUACCGAAUGCAUUUUUGUAAGAAGCCACGAGAGGCACCACAACUCCUUGGAUCUAAGUUUUGUGGUACUUGCUCCCUGCUCCUCUUCGACUCUCUGUCUGCGUCGCCCUCGUUGAUGCCGCGGAUCCCCGCGUUGCGAUCUUUGCAAUUGAUCAAGUGGAAGCACGCUUGCGCUCGGUCGGGGUGGUCGGCCGCCAGCCAGCGCUUAUCUCCAGGAUGA